CCAAACAAACGUGGAUGGGAAAGCGUCGGGAUUAUUAAGAAAGCAGAAGGCGGCUUCUUAUCCACGUUUACAACGCGGCCCCACGCGCCUACACUACAACAGUUUAUUUUAGUAGUGGGGCUUGUUUUGCUAUAAACUGUUAGCUUCGUUGGCGCUCAGUAAAAACAAACUCUGGACGGCGAGAAUAACAAAACAAGAGGUUCGUUUCGUCCGACAUACGCCCAUUUGUCACUAGUGACAGACGAAGAGUUUCUGCGCGAGAUGGCCAUUGAAGACAAGAAGCCAGGAACACUGAAACUGCAACCGGAACGCACCCAGAAUGACAGAGGAACUGUCGUGGAGGGCUUCAGAAACCCACCUAUGAACCCCGCCGGAUCCGCCGCCGACAUCAGACCGAGUGGAGCAGUCGAGGGUGCGGAGGUCGACGGUGAAGUGGACGAGCAGCACUUGACACCUGUCACAGCUAAACCAGGUGCUACUCUACCCAUCUUGGUUAAAAGGACUCAUAAGAACGAGAAGCCUUUUGAGAAGCAGUGCCUUUUGGCAGCAUUGGGAUCCUCAGACACAGAUCUUCAUGAAGUUGGGAAGACAGUUGCAGAGGAAAGCCUGUGCCACUGUGAAGACGAAGACACUAAACUGAAUAUUAUUCUGCUUGAAGACAAUGAGAUUGAGCAAGACUCUUUCCAUGUUAAAAAAGAGGAUGGUGAGUCAGAAUGUGCCCACAUCAAAAUGGAGGUUGGUGAAAGUGAGAAGGCAUCAGAUUUCAAAGCAGAGGCUACUGCCGUGUCUGAAGAUCCCAGAAAAACUCCUAUGAAGUUGAUCCGGGUUGGUCACCAACAGAACCAAGUGGAAAGUGAAGAUGCUGAGGAGGAAGCAGAGGAGAAUUAUAUAAAGUACCCGGUGAAUGACAGGCCCGAAAAGCCAGUGACCUGCAAUGUGUGUGGCCGGCGUUUCAAACACAAGGCCGGUAUGCUGAGACACCAACGAGUUCAUGGUGGGGAGAAGCCCUUCUCAUGUACCGAGUGUGAAAAGUCCUUCAGUCAGUUGUCCAGCCUGAAAAGACACCAAAGCAUUCAUCAGGGGGAGAAGCCUCACAGUUGUAAUGAAUGUGGGAAGAGCUUCAAUCAGGUGUACAACCUUAAGGUGCAUGAGAGAAUUCAUACAGGAGAGGAGCCAUACCGGUGCAUGGACUGUGGUAGGACCUUUAAUAGCCUAAUCAACCUUAAAACCCACCAGCGGGUCCACACCAUUGAGAAACCGUUCAAUUGUGCUGAGUGCGGCAAGAAUUUUAGUCAGCUGGCCCACCUCAAAAGACACCACAGCAUUCAUCUCGGGGAGAAACCCUACAGCUGUGCCGAAUGCGGAAAGACAUUCAAUCAGCUGUACAACCUUAAGGUUCAUGAGAGGAUUCACACGGGAGAGAAGCCUUACAUUUGCUCCCACUGCGGGAAGAGCUUCAAUCAACUGAUGAGCCUCACAAAACAUCAGAGAAUCCACACCGGGGAGAAACCAUAUGUCUGUUCGGAAUGUGGAAAGACGUUCAGCCAGUUGUCACAUCUCAAGACACACCACGUUAUCCACCAGAUGAAGAAACCAUACAGUUGUGAGGAAUGUGGAAAGACCUUCAGGCAGACUUCCCACCUCAAAAGACACCAGAGUAUCCAUCGGGGAGAGAAGCCCUUUAGCUGCCUGGAAUGUGGGAAAAGCUUUAACCGCUCCACCAAUCUAAAGAAACACCAGAGAAUUCAUAUGAGGGGCAAGCUGUUCAUUUGUUGCGAAUGUGGCAAGACGUACACACACACGCAUCUCCCUGAUUCAGACACCUUGGAGAGACCUUUCAGUUGUCCAGAGUGCAUCCAGAACUUGGCAUUUAAGCCAGUAGGGACAUCACCAGAUCUGCAUUUCUGAAGAGCAAGUGCUGUUCUUGUUAGACAGCAGGGACCUCUGCACAUUUAGAAUAAAGGCCAUUUUACUCAGUCAAGCUUGGUUUUCCGGAAUGUUGGACACAAGGUGUUUGCAUUUUUCCUUUUUGGUACUGAAAUGUUUAUUGGUUGAAUUAAGUGAGAUGAUUACUCUGUGAUGUGGUUUUCAAUAUUUAGAGGGAAACAAGGGUGGGGAGGUGAAUAUAGACAUACUGAGGAAAGUGUUGUACUGCCGUGUCUUAUGAAUUAGGUGACUGCAUUGGGUGAUAAAGGGAACUGGUGCCUGCUAAUUUAACAUCAAGUCAAAACAUGCAGUUGGAUUACAGUCCAAGUUAAUUAAGCUUGGCAGCAACCAACACCACCAACUGGGCAACAUCUGUAGCAUCAGUGUGGCCGUUGGGUUUAUGCUGUGUAGCUUUAUUAAUAUUAAAUGGGUGUCACCAUGGCUGACAGGGGCUUCAAUACAGUGUACAAAGUUUAGUGAACCACUUCUGGCCCAAGCCUCCACCUUUAUUUUCUGGCUGUUUUACUCUCAUUACACUGUCAGACGCUGAUUUCUGUAAUAAAAAUGAUUUGGUAAA